UCUUGACUCACUGCAGGAAUUCAUUCGAUCAACAUGCUCAAACUCGAGUUCGUGCCGGCCGCCGGUGACAAGCUCGUGCUCAAGCUCUCUCCUCCGCCGCCGCUUGCUGACAAGCAGGCGUCUCUGGCGGACAACACGACCGUUAGCGACUCUGGCGGCGGCAACGCCGUCGGCAUCCCCUCCGAGCCCGUCUCGCUCAAGGAUGGCAUCGAUACCGGCACCGGCGGCACCGGCACCGCCAGCACCGGCACCGACAACGUCCCGUCCGAGGGCGAGCCCGGCCCGCUCAAGGACGGCAUUGACGCGGGCGGCGGCAACGUCGCGGGCGAGUUGUCGCCGAUGAAGUCCGUCGCGAAGGUCGGAAUCGUGCCGGCUGACGACGGCCGCAUCACGCUCGUCAUCUCCGCGUCGGUGUCGCCUUCGCUCCUCGGAGCCAAGACGUGCGGCGUCAAGAACGUCAAGGACACCUCCGUGGCAAAGUCUGGCACGGAUGACGUUCUCAAGAAGGACCUGGCCGCGGAUAAGGCGCCCGACGCGGGCGCGGUCGACUCGGACAAGGCCACGGCCAUGUUCGCCGCCCACGAGCCAAGCCC